AUGACGGAGGGGGAAAAGAAGCAGCGACGGGAGAAAACAAGAGGCCCGUGGGAGGGGGACAGCGAAGUGUCAGAUAAGAUCGCGGGUCCUGCAGCGUUGUCGCACCGGCGUACCGCGGGCGGUCGAGGACGAGAGAAAGUGGGUGGGCCCACGGGCCGUCCCCAAGGCUGUGGCUCUCCUCCAGUCGUUCCAGGAACAGCAAAACCUCGGGCAUUUAUGGCCAAGAAGCCAGGUGCAAGAAGAGUGUGCCAGCGAAGAACAAACCCAGCUGGGAUGAGAUGUGCGAGUCAGGUCGAGGGGACCAGUGCAUGGGACAUCCAGCUGGAUGGCGACACCCGGACUAUCCACCAAGAUGGGAGAGAGUUUGCAAUGGCAAUGGAUAUCAGGGACAGCCCAGCCUUCGGUGGUCUCAGUUUCCAACACGGCGAUGUGCAGCUAAAAUGCCUAAAGGGCCCAUCCGUCCUUUCCCUGAGUAAUAUGGUUUCCCACCACCACUCGUUGGAUCAGUCUUCGUUCCUCCUUUCCGUAUUGAGCAGCUCUACCGGCGUUCCCCUUUCCAAUAAUCCUCGGGCGGUUGACUGGACGAGAUGGCCUCCCUCACGCCCCUUCAUAAACGCUCGAAGAAUCCUCUCGCAAGGGGUAACGGCCGAUGCUCUGCACGAAUUCGAUGGCGGCCUGAAGCCGGAUAUUUUAUCCGUAGGAUUUGAUAGGCCACGAGGAGACACAAUCGACGGAACGAACAGAGGACCCAGGACCUUAGUCCGCUGGGUCGAUGUCUUCGUCAACAACCUGCUUCCAAAGGUUCUUAGCCACAGUGUGACCACCCACGUCAGAAUCUGGGGGACUGGGGGAACCAUAGGACACCGCAACCCUAGGGGAAAAAAGCCAGAAUGUGAGCCAGUACCAUUCACCCAGCAGCAAGGGAAGCGAUUUGAACUGAGGAUUGAAGUUAACCAACUGCCGCGCCGUAGAGGAGAUCAGCUGUCAGUGCAAGGCAGGCGCUCACGUGCCCGGAGGGCACUGGGUCCCCUCAAAUACAUGCAGCAGAAGAGUCCUUGUCGGUUUUACUUUUCGAUAGCAUUUGCUCCCAGCCUCUUCCCCUUUCACCAUGGCUGGCUAAUACGAGCUCACCCAAGCCAAGGUUCUCAACUCUCCCCUCCCCUACUACUUGACUCCCCUGUGCUAACCUAUAUACUGGCUAGACCUCUGAACAUCCCCCAAGUUAAAAUUCGGUUCUUUCAACUCGGGCUUAGUACAAGUGGACUCCCUGGAACUACACCGCAUCUAUAUCUUCUGCUUGCCAAUCACAUCGACAAUCUAAACCCCUUCGAGAUAACCGACGCGACUAAAGAACCAACUCUAUGGGGACGGAAGUGCGAGUAUCGUGUCGAGGUAGCUGAUAAAUAUGAAGGUCCUGAACCGACCAGUCAUGCAGCAAAGGACUACCUCCAUCCGCUGGCGGCCGAAGCUCGCGCUGGCGAUCAGGAGUAUCAGGCGUUUGAUAGGCUGGCAUCUAUGCCGUGGCUGUGGGGUCGUGUGAUCGCACUCAAAGUCGGUUCGGUAAUCGCAACAUACCGACAGAGCAAGGAUGGGGUAAUGGGGGGUAUCCCAGAUUACUUCCGUGCGCCACCUCAUUUCGGAGAUUAA